AUGGCGUCUGUCACUCCCACCACCUUUUACGAGCAGCUCCCGCUCCCCACCAUCGACCGUCCCUUCGGCAUCGAGCUGUGGCCCAUCUUCGACAAGGCAUGGACCGCCGUCGUAGGCUAUCCCGCCAGCGAGUUCCGCUUCAAGCAGGGUGACACUCCCAUGUCCACCCUCAAGGAGACCCUCAUCUUCAUCGUCAUCUACUACACCAUCAUCUUCGGUGGCCGUGAGUGGAUGCGCAACCGCGAGCCUUUCAAGCUCAAGACGCUGUUCUUGAUCCACAACUUUUAUCUUACCGCCAUCUCCGGCAUACUUCUGGUCCUCUUCGUCGAGCAGCUCCUGCCCACCGUCGUUCGCGGCGGCGUCUUCCACGCCAUUUGCGACAAGGAAGGCGGCUGGACUCAGCCUCUCGUCGUCCUCUACUACCUGAACUACCUGACCAAGUAUCUCGAGCUCCUCGACACCUGCUUCCUUUUCCUCAAGAAGAAGCCCCUGACCUUCCUCCACUGCUACCACCACGGCGCGACCGCCUUCCUGUGCUACACCCAGCUCAUCGGCUCCACCGCCGUCUCUUGGGUCCCCAUCACCCUAAACCUGACCGUCCACGUCGUCAUGUACUGGUACUACUUCCAGAGCGCCCGUGGCGUUCGUAUCUGGUGGAAGGAGUGGGUCACUCGUCUCCAGAUCAUCCAGUUCAUCAUUGAUCUCGGCUUCGUCUACUUUGCCUCGUACACCUACUUCACCUCGACCUACUUCCCCUGGAUGCCCAACGCCGGCAACUGCGCCGGUGAGGAGUUCGCUGCCUUUGCUGGUAUCGGAACUCUCAGCUCCUACCUUGUACUCUUCAUCUCCUUCUACGCCGCCACCUACAAGAAGGACGGCAAGAAGACCACCACCCGCAAGUCCCUGCGUCGCAUGUCUCAGGCACCCCUUCCCGACCCUCACAACAUUGGCUCGCCCAGCAAGGUCGUCAACGGCUCUGCCUCGACCACUGGCGCCAAGGCCAACGGUGGCACUCCCCGCUCGCGCAAGGCUUAA